CAGAAUUUCACCCCAUCUUCUGCUUUCAGAUACAAACAUCACCCAACAUGCCCCAAACGCGACAAACUCGAGUUUCUGCACACCCCGACACCGGUUUGAAUCUCGCCACCAUAUUCCCCUCCGAGAUCUGCCAGCUCAUCCUGAACCACCUCCUCCUUCUCGCCCAAUCCGACAAUUCCCUCUCCCUCCGCCUCAUGUACACCUGCAACGACUUGCUCAACACUGUCUCGCCCUAUCUGUACAAGAGCGUCACCCUACACAAGGGCAAUGCGGACGCAUUCUUCCACGGGCUGGCAGAUGGCAAGAUGAAGAGGGGCGAAGUCAAAGGGUGGCAAACGAAGAACGAAGGUCGGCUGGAGGGGAAGAGUGUGGUUGCGAGGCGCUUGAUAUGGCUGAGUAUGGUCCGGAGGGUGGAGCUUAUGGAUUCCCCGGCACUUGAGAGCUGUGUGACAGCUGUGAAAGCGCUUCUCAAGAGACCCUUCCCCACUCGCCCAACAGACCUUCCGUCCCUCUUCUUCUGGCGAGCACACGAGAGCAACGCCCUUGAGAAGCCAGUUCUACGAAUUUCUACCAGUAUAUCUCCUCCCACUUCGAUGUUUCAUGGUUCCAGCCGCUUCCAGAGAUGGCAACAGCUUGCUCGAUCUCCCUCUCUCGAGCUGGACUUGAUGGGCCCGGGCGACGUCCACUUAUCCCACAAUAUCAUGCUCCAGCGCGAACUGUCGCGGAUGGCUGAGAAUGUGAUCAUCAAAAACUUGGCUCACCAGACCCUUCGUCGUAUCGAACUGCUUUCAGGAUCUUCCCUUAAGAGCAUAUUGGUCAUUAUGGAGAAUGGUGGCGAUGAUCAUCGCAAGCUUUUGGAAGGUUUUGCCGGGCAUUUCGCAGCCCGGGACUACACCAAUCGCGUUCUUGUGACCAUCAAGGGCUACCAAUACCAGGCGAACGAGUCAUCCUUCGAAAUCGCGAAACUCAUGAAGGAGGCGUUUGUCGCAGGUUGCGUAGCACUGUCGCAUUCGUCCCAAAGUGAUUAUGUGGGGCGAGGGGUGGAUUUCGAGGUACUAUGAGAAGUGAUUGCUCAUGCGUCGAGCGAUCAAUCGUCGCGCAUAAUUGCCUUAAUCCGAUACCUUUCGAGCUUCCCAUGCGUUACCCUGUAAAAAUGUCUCUAUGUCGCUGAAACGUAUCAUGAAUUGUCCUUGGUCAGACAGCGAGUUGUUAGGCAUAAAGGUGAUCCCCCGAUUCUUCAUAUAGAAACUUCGUAUGACAUGUAUGUACCUUAUCAGCG